CUCUUUCCUCGGAGGAAACUUUCCGCCGGCUGGUCCAUCGGACCGUGUCCGGCCAGCGCUGCCGCGGCCUGGGAGCCGAGCUGGGCGGGAGGGGCGCGGGCCCGGGUGUAUGCGGCCGCCGGACGCGCCGGGGCGGGCAGCCGGGAAGCGGGGCGCUGACGGCUGACAGGGGAGCUGCCCCCGAGCAGCAUGGAUGCCCCCCGAAGGGACAUGGAGCUGCUCAGCAACAGCCUGGCGGCCUACGCACACAUCCGCGCUAACCCUGAGAGCCUUGGCCUCUACUUCGUGCUGGGCGUUUGCUUCGGCCUCCUGCUGACCCUGUGCCUGCUGGUCAUCAGCAUCUCGUGCGCGCCCCGCCCGCGGCCCCGAGGCCCGGCUCUGCGCCCGGGCGCGCGCAGCAGCACCCUGGAGCCUGAGGACGACGACGACGACGACGACGAGGAGGACACGGUGACGCGGCUGGGCCCUGACGACACGCUGCCGGGCCCUGAGCUGUCGGCGGAGCCCGACGGGCCUCUCAGCGUCAACGUCUUCACGUCCGCGGAGGAGCUGGAGCGGGCGCAGCGGCUGGAGGAGCGCGAGCGGAUCUUGCGGGAGAUCUGGCGUACCGGGCAGCCGGACCUGCUAGGCACCGGCACGCUGGGGCCCAGUCCCACGGCCACCGGCACGCUGGGCCGCAUGCACUAUUACUGACCGCCCGGCUCCCGCUGCAAGGCGCUCUGGAAACUGGACAUGCAAAUGAGCCAGAGCUGUCCCAGGACUUUCGGACUGCCCGGCCCCCACGGCUCCCCUGGUGCUAUUGGGCAUGGACUGCCACCCUCAGAGACUCACCCUUCCCCGGUCCUGCCAUUAGAACCCGGGGGCGGGAUGCAGGGGCCCCACCUCUCUCUGGGGGGACGAAGAGGUGAAGUGACCAAUGAAAGCUGCAUUCUCAGUG